CUCUCCCCAGACACACACACACCGAGGCCCUUGUUAACAGUGGGUGUCAGUUGGUAUUCAUCCUUCAGUGUCAUAACUGCAUUACGUGUAUUUCUACUACGGGAUGUAUGGUCCUGUGCGGCAUUUGCGGCAGUGCCUCUUAUUGCAUAAAUCAUGGAAGAUUAACUUGUGGAACUCUAUUCAAGCUGGCUGCGGCUGGCGUAAAUCUCUCCAGUACACAUCACGCUGCUUUAGUGAUGGGAAUGAGUGUCCGGAGAGCUGUGAUGUACUGGUGGUUGGUGGAGGAGCUAUUGGGUCUUCCAUCGCCUACCACCUGAAGGAGAGAGCACGAGGAGACCUCAGUGUGGUGGUCAUUGAGCGGGAUACUACCUAUAAACAGGCAUCGACUGUUCUAUCUCUUGGGAACAUUCGCCAGCAGUUCAGUGUGGCAGAGAACAUUCAGUUAUCUAUGAACAGCAUGAAGUUCCUUAAAGAGGUCCACCAGCGGCUGGCUGUGGAGGGUUUUGACCCCCCUGAUCUGCAGUUUACACCUCGGGGCUAUCUCUUCCUCGCACUCGAAGAUUAUGUCGAGCAGAUGAGAGAGAAUUUCCGGCUGCAGAUGGAGCUGGGAGCUGAAGUGGAGUGGCUGUGGCCGCGGGAGUUGGAACUUAAAUUUCCCUGGUUGCAAGUUGGAAACGUGGCCGCCGCUGUCCUGGGCACCAACAAUGAAGGAUGGUUUGACCCUUGGAGUCUGUUGACUUUGCUGCGACGAAAGGCUGUGUCGCUAGGUGCCGUGUAUGUGUCUGGAGCGGUGACGGGUCUCCACCACCAGGUGCUGACACCUGCUGAUCACCUCCACAAUCCACACACCACCCUUACUACCGCCAUAGUGAGGCUGCAGAGUGGAGAGAUGAAAGAGGUAAGGUUUUCGACAGUAGUUGUGGCGGCGGGGGCCUGGUCUGGUGCACUGGGACGACUCGCAGGUGUAGGGAAUGGACCAGGAACCCUGUCAACACCCAUACCUGUGGAGCCCAGAAAGCGGUACGUAUACUGUGUGCAUGCCCCAGAUGGUCCAUGGGACGACUGCCCCAUAUUUAACGACUACACUGGUGUCCACUUCCGGCCUGAGCGUAGCAGCAACAAACUCUACCUUUGUGGGAUGUCCCCACCAGAGUGUGCUGAGCCACCAGCAGAUGAUCUCGAAGUCGACCAUCAGUUUUUUUACACAAAUAUAUGGCCUGUGUUAGCCCAACGGGUACCUGCAUUUGAAAAUUUAAAGGUUCACAGUGCUUAUGCUGGUUACUACGACUACAACACAUUUGACCAGAACCUUAUAAUUGGCUUCCAUCCAGUGUUCACCAACAUGUGCAUUGCUACAGGGCUCAGCGGCCAUGGUAUCCAGCAGUCUAUAGCAGUUGGUUGUGCAGCAAUGGAGUGCAUCUUGGACGGCAGACCUCACUCUAUCAACCUGGAGAGAUUUAGUUUUGAUAGAAUCCUUGCAAAUAAACCUCUUAAGGAAAAGAUGGUUAUGUAGGAAUUAAGUCAGUUUUCUGUAAAACCACAAAUUUUUUGAACAUUGUAAAUGUACUACUGUAUAUAUUAUAAAUCUUAUUACUGUAAA